CCAUCACUACAACCGCCAGCUAACAUCGUACCCCGUUUGUUGAAACUAAUGCAACGUACAGGACCAUCUCUUACUGACGAAGAAAGAUCAAAAAGAAACACAAGACGAGGGACCCAACCUGUCGAAAGAGCUAACAGUAGUAGUAAACGUAGACGAGGUGAGGAAGUGGAGGAAGAGGAGCAAUUGUCUUCUGAAGAUUCCUCAAACGAAGGAUCCGGCAUUCAAUC